CUUCUGCCUAGAGCCUCACAAAGAACCAAGGAACUUUGCUGAUUUGAAGGCAGGAGUGGAAAGUAUGGGAAAUGUGUGCCGAUUACCUAUAAGUAUAGGCCAUCCAGCCGUUAGAUGCCCUCACUGUCUGCCACUCUUUCUCUAUCUUAUGCACUCUUUUCUCAGCCCCUCUCGAUAGGAGCUUGGUCAUCUCCUUCCAUCUUCGCCGUUGGUCUCGCUUCCUCUCCCUCUUCUAAUCGACAUGGCACGCACCAAGCAGACUGCCCGGCGAGCCAAGCCGCAGCAAGAGCCCGACUCGGACUACACCGGCGAUGAGGACGAGAUUGACUCCCAAGUUGAUGAGACCCAGAACGAGGACACAGAGGAAGGUGUUAGUGACGAGGAACAGCGCAAGCGUGAGGAGCUGGAGAAGGCGCCUAUGAGGGCUGAGGUCAAACUUCUCGAAAAGCGCUGGACCAAGAAGGGCGUGGGAUACUUCUGUGAGCCGCAGGAGGACGAGGAGAUUCCAGAGCAGAAAACGAACUGGUACGAGAAGUUCGCCCUCUGCCAGACCAAUGUCUACGACUCGCGCAACCAGUUCGUUACGAACAAGCAACUUUCGGUCAACUCUCCGGCCCUCAAGAAGGCGCUGAGGGAGGUUAUCGGCAGCUUCCCGGGAAUCUCUUUCUUCACCGAUGAGAUCACCCUUGGCUUUCCGCCUCGAUGUCUGUAUCACUACCGCAGUGAACUCCAGGCAUACGCCGACAAGCUCAAGGAGGAAGAGCCCGGCUCCGAGGGCGCCGUCCACAUGGUGGUGCUGAUGGACUUCAUCAACGAGCACUUCGCCGAUACGAUCAAGGAGUCCGAAAACCUUGGCAAGGAAGGCCUCAUCAGCUACGACCUGCUUUGGACCAUCUUCAGGCCCGGCAUGCUGAUCUACUCGACCGUACUCGGCCAGGCGCGUGCCUUCAAGUUAAACAGCUACGCGUACCAGAGCACUACCUGCGGCGAGUUUCUCGCUCUGCAGUGCCAGCACGUGGACUUUGACGGUGAUGACUUUGGUACCCGCCAAACGUCACUUCCCGUGCGGAGGAUGGAAGGCGCCGUGCCCAUCGACGCCCUCUCUUCGUUUCCCAUGCUGCUCCACCCCAACCCGGAGCAGGCUACCCGGGAGCUCCUGGAACGGGGACGCAAGUGGGAGGCCCACGCCGGCCAGCACUUUGUGCAGUACCGCGGCGUCGCCCUGGACAGCGAGGGCUCCCGGUUCAACAUCGACAGCCGCACCAUGAUCGACUGCGCUACCCACCACCGCAUCAACGGCAACUCGUCCUUCACCCUCAGCCCCUUCCCGCAGUCCCGGGCGGCUCGGGACGGGAAGAAGCGCAAGCAGAACCCGAGCACCACCGACGCAGAGCUGGUGCCGCAGGAGCUCAAGAAGUACACAAAGCUCACCGACGAGCAGUGCGUGCUCGCUUCCGCCAUCGUGCGCGGCUUCGCCUUCUCGGAGAAGAGGUUCCUAGACUUCUUCAUCAGCUGCGUCUCGCCCGUCGACUGGAACCACAAGUGCUUCGAGCAGCUCGUGCUGCCCGACAGCCAGAAGGAGCUGGUCCAAGCCCUCGUGUCGGAGCACACGCGGCGCACGACGGACCCCAAGGCCGCGGCGUUCGACGACAUCGUCAAGGGUAAGGGCCGCGGCCUGAUCCUGGUGCUCCACGGCCCUCCCGGCGUGGGCAAAACGCUGACGGCCGAGUGCGUGGCCGAGUUCUCGGAGCGGCCGCUCUACAUCGUGUCGUCGGGCGACCUCGGCACCGACGCGUCGACGCUGGACCAGCGGCUGGCGCGCACGCUCGACUUGGCCAGCACCUGGAAGGCGGUGCUGCUGAUCGACGAGGCCGACGUGUUCCUCGAGCGACGGUCGCUGCGGGACAUGGCGCGCAACGCGCUCGUCAGCAUCUUCCUGCGCACGCUCGAGUACUACGGCGGCAUCCUGUUCAUGACGACGAACCGCAUCAAGACGUUCGACGACGCCUUCAAGUCGCGCAUCCACGUGCCGCUGCGCUACAGCGGGCUGCCGGCGUCGAGUCGCGAGCGCAUCUGGCGCAACUUCUUGUCGGCGGGCGGCGAGGCCGACGCCGACGACAUCGGCGACGAGGACUACCGACGCCUGGCCGAGGGCGACCUCAACGGGCGGCAGAUCAAGAACGUCGUCCGCACGGCUAGGUCGCUAGCCGCGCACAAGAAGCGCAAGCUGGACCACGCGCAGCUGCAGCAAGUCAUGGACAUUCAGAUGGCGUUUGAGCGGGACCUGGAUGGGAACGAUGACGACAUUGACAUGGUUGAGCGCUGAAGACAUUUAAGGUGUUUAUUAUCGGUUUAUUUUCCGGUUUCUUGUCUCCUUGUUUUCACGAGCUCCUUUGUUUCUUAGAUCCUUGGCCGCAUUCCUGCGCCAUUAUAUUUUUUAACAUGGCCCAUAGUACAACCAACGAGGCGCGAACCCGUAUGUGUGUUUUCCCAUAUCCCAUCUCAUUCGCUCGACGUAUCUUACGUCGAUGCGGACUGCAAGGUUUUAUUCGGGGAAUCUGCCGUUUGGCUGGGACUGCUUUUUUUUUCUUUUUUUUUUUUUUUUUCUUUCGGCGCAAGGGUACUUGGCUUUCAAAAUCAAAUCAAUGCAUGU